AUGGACCAGGUCUUCCAAGUUUUCCGAUCGCUUCAGGGGAGUGGCAUGAUCGAAAGCUUUGAGGUGAAGCAGAACCCAACAACAGAAGAGCUUAACCCUCCAGAAACAUCAGGGAUCUUUCACAUAGACCAAUGCACACCACCUUCUUCCAUUGCACCUUCCCUUCUAAGGAACGAUUACUCACUUUUGUGCCCUGUGAACCUUCAUCCCGACAUCGGUAAAGAGUUUGAUCUGUGGAUGCAACGAGACGUGACUGGGACAGAAGCGCAGUAUACAGCGGAUUCUCCUGGGAUGUCGUCUAUGGGAGAUGUGAUGUCUCCUAAAUCCGAUUUAACUUCUUUCAACCAUCCGACAACCCCUUGUUCUAUCAACUCACCACCAGUGGGCUCCGGUAGCCGCAUGACGCCAUACCAAUCCAUCAAUACGCCCCUGUCAAUCGGCAGUCCUUAUACAAAAUUCCAAUCGACACCCUCGAGCUCUGCCUCACCUCCUGGGUGGGAUGCCAAUGUUCAAUCUUACCCCACACCCUCCACAUCUUACUCGCCCUUAGCGGAUGAGGCACCUACCCCUCCGAGUCCCGAUACUGCUAGUUCGACGAAGCACCGACUGUUACAAUUGUGUAGGCUUGGAGAAGAUGGCACAACGCUACUUAAUAAUAAUCAGAUAAAGCAAAUCCUCAAAGCAGAAGCUGGACUUCUCGCACAGGAUCCUGUGGGACUGUUGCAACCCAUUUUGAAACACUGCCAAGCUGAUCUAUUACCCGCUUUAACCGCAUUCGGCCUUCCUAUUGAAUGGAAGGGUAAAGCAGGAGCUGUGGAAUACUAUAGAAUCCUCGAAGCCGUGAAGGACAAAGAGCGCGUCCUUGAUCCCCUCGCGCUGAAUCUCGCGCAGCUUUUAUUUUACUUCAACUGCGAGUGGCUAGAAAAGCAUGGGGGAUUAGAAGGCAUCACCGCUGCGACUUUCAUUCUUAAUGCCUGCUCCGAGGAGCCGAAAAAUUCAAAGUCGAUGAAGUCCCGUCGUGACAAUAUUACCACUUAUCAUUACCGACGAGGAAGAUAUAUAUGGAUAGUUGUAGCAUGCUUGGGAGGUAGUAUCUUGGUGGACAGUGGUGAUACCAUACAAAGGGCCAAAAUAUUUCCCACCAAAGCUCAACUCAACGCAUUUAUAUCCCUUGUUUUGCGCACCCGGCCUGGCAGUGUUGACCUCUGUCAUGCGUUGGAACCGGUCGUAAAAGCGAUAGUGCUUGGGGCGACCCAAGCCGAUCUGCGCCAGGUUAUUGUCGCUGGUAGUAAUAAUACCGUCAGAAAAGAACAACUAGCGCGUGCAUACGCAGCGGAUCAAGAGGCUUUGACGAACCAGACAGCUGAAGAGACAUGGCUAGCGGAAGAUGUUGACUCUAUUGCAAAGAAGAGAAUGGCUGAAUUUCUACCCGAUUUCUGA